AAAUAUUAUAUUCAAUUAUCGAUUUUUAUUUGAUUUGCUGAAUAUCAAGGUUUAAUAAUACUGCAGUGCAUAUCUAUUGAAAAAUUCAUCAAAAUGAAUACGAGAUAUUAACUUUAUUUUAAUGGCCAAUAUUUUUUGGAUACAUUGCAAUGCGGAGCAAAUAAUAUAAAUAAUUUUCAGCUAAUGUAUAGAUUGAAUACAGGCUGUACUGAAGUAUAACACAAUGAAUAUAGAACUCGCCAGCUUUGAAUUGAGCUCCAAGGCAUUAAUUGGAUCUCUAUUAGCAUUAUGCGCGUUAUUCGCUUUUUGCCGCAAUUUAUUGCUGGAGGAUGUUAUAUGUAUACCUGGAAAAACUAAACAUAGCUGGAAGUCUAUCAAAAUACUAGACAAGGCAUGUUACUGCAACGCUUGUGAAAUUCUAUUGACUCAUUCAGAAGGUCUCUUUUGCGACUGCUGUGGUAUUUGUACCCAUUCAGCCCAUGCCUGUUCUAAAAAAAUUGAUAUUAAUUUUAAAUGUAAAGAUAAAUGGCUCCGUCAUGAAAAGGUUAUGCGUCAUUUAUGGAUUCGUGGUAACUUGCCAGUUGGGGUUGUUUGUUCAUUAUGUGAUGUCGAAAUCGAUUACCAUGCAACAGCGGGCCUCUUUGGCUGGCGGUGCGCUUGGUGCCAACGCUGCUACCAUAAUAACUGCUACAAAAGUAUUGAUACAAGAACUGAAUGCGAUUUGGGGGAAUUUCAGGACAUGAUAUUUCCACCGUAUUGUAUUAUUGCGGCACGAACUCGUGAAAGUGUACGAUUGCAUUUGGCUGGUAUUAAACCACCUAACAUUGAAGGUUGGGAACCUUUAAUUGUUAUUGCCAAUACAAAAUCUGGGAGCAGUACCGGGUCACAUGUGGUAGCAUUGCUUCGCGGUUAUUUGCAUCCACUUCAAGUAAUGGAGUUGGGUGGUCGGGGACCACAAGAUGCCAUGCAAUGGGCUGCAAAAGCCAGUCCGCGUCCCUGUAGAAUCUUAGUUGCUGGUGGAGAUGGGACAGUAGGAUGGGUGUUAAAUACUAUAUUCGCGCUAAAUAUAAAGAAAUUGAAGCCGGUGCCCUCAGUUGCAAUUAUGCCGUUGGGGACAGGAAAUGACCUUUCACGGGUAAUGGGUUGGGGUUCGCACCCGCCUAAUACUUUGGACCCUAUUACAAUACUCAGAAACAUAAAAAGUGCUCGCUCAGUAAAUUUGGAUCGCUUCGAUUUGCAAAUAGAAAAACUGCAUUAUCGUUUACCAAUCCAGAGACAUCCUAUUAAAACGAUUCAUGUCUAUAAUUACUAUAGUAUUGGAGUAGAUGCAUUGGUCACUUAUAAUUUUCACAAAACUCGAGAAUCUCGAUUUUACUUGUUAAGUAGUCGAAUUUUUAAUAAGUUAAUAUAUUUUGGCUUUGGCACACAACAAAUUGUUCAACGGGAUUGCGAAAGGAUUGAACAAAAACUAGAUCUAUACCUGGAUGGUCAUAUUGUAGAGUUACCAGAAUUGCAAUCAAUUAUAUUCCUUAAUAUUGAUUCAUGGGGAGCUGGUUGUAAAUUAUGCGAACUUAGCAAUUCAGAUGCCAAAUAUAAGAUAGAAAACUCAAUUUCGGAUGGCAUGUUAGAGGUUUUUGGCCUUGUUUCGUCCUUUCAUAUGGCACAAUUGCAGUGUGGCAUUAGUAAACCAGUGCGCAUUGGUCAAGCGAAGCAAAUACGGAUUGUUAUAAAAUCUACCUGCCCUAUGCAAUCGGAUGGAGAACCAUGGAUGCAGCCUCCUGCCGAUAUACGUUUACAAUGUCGCAGUCAGGUUCGCAUGUUGAAGCUUGAGAGCUAGUGCAUCUGUUUAAAUAUUAAAAUGUACAUAAAGUCUAAUUACUUGUGUAUGUAUGUAUAUGUACAUUUUUAUUUAUUCUAUACAUGGUUUAAUAACAAAACUAACUAAUAAUAACAGUUGAAA